AUGUACAGCCAGGCGACUCCCCUUCCUGCCGGUUUAAAUCAAGAGAAGCUCAACCUCAGCCAGCUUCCCAUCCGGAACGACCUGUCAACUACUCCAGAAAUGCACACCGCCUUUCAAUCUGCCAACAUGAACUCUUCGAAUAGAAAGUUCAAACCUGGAUUAUCCAAAGUUCAAAGUCAAUACUUGAACAGCCUGCGAACAGAUGAGGAAUCCACACACCACGCUGGAACAUCCCCGGCUCGUUUUCCUAUAUCCCCACCGACUCGUCAGAGGUUUUGGUCUAUCAAAGGAUUCAAAGUGAUCCCUGGUCUUCGAAGUAUGCCACGUAAAGACCAGAAGAAGGAUGAAGGCUAUGCCUCCUGGCUCUGCAGUUUGGUUACGAAUCCAAAGGUCCCACAUGAUGCUGCUUUACCCAACAUGGGGACUCGUGGUCCAUCAAAUGUAAUGCAAAUCAGUCACCAUCCCUUACAACAGAUAAAUAAUAUCCAGAUUGAAAUACAAAGAAUUCCCAAGAAUAGGAAUAGAAUUCGUACAAAGAGAAGUGACCAACCUACUUCUACACCAUCUGUUGAAGAAAAAUCAAAAAACCCUUCUAAUGAGCAUCUUGGACGUGCUGACAUUGCAGUUAUUCUAUCACUUAUUGGAUUUGUCACAAUAGUUAUUCUGAUUUGGUUAUUUGGAAACAAAUCAAAACAAAUAUUAACUUUUUGGAAAAAAUGA